UCUGUCUGGUGGUGAAGGGGGCAGCUUGGUGGAAACUGGACACAUUUUUACCCCACUCAUUUGGAACAGGACCGAUCUGAACCAUCUUUGUAAGAGGACCACUAGAUGGUCUUGGGUCGUGAACUUGACUUUCCCAAGUAACCGUUUGCAAUAUCUCCCAUGACGUUACAGUGAAUAGUUGGUCAUUUGUGGUUUGAGGUGGAGAAGUUCCUGUAACUUGUCACCAAUUUCCCCUCAUCUGGCUGAGACCCCCCCCAGUUAAGUGAGUCACACUCAACAAUUCUAGUCUAAUACUCCACUUAUGUCUGAGGCUCACUGCAUGCUGCUCAGUGUGUGAUAGCAUCGUCAUAUAAGAACAAGGGAAGUCAUUAUGACUCUUCAUCUGACAGGUGUUUGGCUGCUGCUCAUCACACAUACAGUGUUGGUGUUCUGUGAUAUGGAAUUCCUGGAGAGAACGCAGGGUGCCUCUAUAGAGUUCUACUGUAUCUCUGAGUUCAAUGCCUCCAAGCCCAUUGGGCUCUACCUGAAACGCAAGUGGCUGCAGCCCGAACAAGAGGUCCUGUUCAUGUUUACUGAACAAAAGCCUUCGUUUUACGGUGACGUCAAAGAGCGCAUCCAUGUCACGGGAGACCCGAGUACUCACCGGGUCAACGUGACCCUCAGCCAGCUGAAGGGAACAGACACAGACCUCUACUACUGUGAGUUUGUCUUCCCCGAUGCCUCCAGCGUCGAUCCAAAGAUUCCAAGCAAUAUGGAGUUCUUUCUGUACGUUGACAAUGUUGAAGAUGUCCCAGACAACAAGAUGGAUGUAGGCCUGAUAGAGACGUGCGCCGGGGGGUCAGCUGUCCUCCCCUGCCUCGCCCCCUACGGUUCCCCCUCGGCCAUGGAAGGGGUAUGCCUGAAGAGGCGGUGGGGCCGGGCUCCAGUGGAGGUGCUGUUCCACUCAAAGCGCCCCUCUUCCUCUGCCUCGUUCCCCCCAGAAGAGAGGCUUCACCUGGGCACGGGUCUGGGCGGCCUGGCAUACAACCUCACCCUGCUAAAGAUGCAGCCGGAAGAGAGCGCCUUUUACAGCUGUGAGCUGCUGCUCCCCGGCAGGUCCGACAACAGUGCCAGGCUAGGGAGAUACGUGUACUUUGUGUCUGUGCAAGGUGUUAGGUGUACCUGUACUGGCUACACUCCACUGCUCUAUGCCCUUUCUGCUACUGUGGGGCUGCUAUUCAUCUUCCUUAUGGCCCUGGGAGUGGCUCAUUAUGGUAAGACCCGAGGAGACCGUGUCAAACCGCAGCACCACCAGGUUUCCAUCUACGAGGAGAUGGUUGGGGUGCGGCCCCCCAACCGGAAUGGAAGAGUGUCUCCCUCUUACCACCCGAGGCCCCCCCUCUGAGUUCUCAACAGGAAAACCACAGAGAGGCCCGAAGAGUCACCGCUAGUAUCUGAAACUGCGAGGAACAAGGUCUGCCCAAUCUCACCAACAUGAUGUUUGACUAUAACUACAACUUACAUAACCUUCAAUUUGGACAAACAAACAUAAACAUCCACCUAACUUAGUUUGUUGUACUGUAAAUGCUGUUGUGGCGUUAUAAACAAUGUUUUGUAUUUGAUGUAAAUGCUGGCAGCUAAAUGUUGUAGCCUUGCUUUACUUUUUGAAAAGGUAUUGUAUUUAAACCAACAAAAAUA